GGGACACGAAGAGAAAAGCGGAGACGUGGAAGUGACCGGAGCAGGUGGGCUGUUACUGCUGCCACUGCUGUGGGUGGUGGGGUUUUACCUUAUACCUGUAGCUUUGCGGCUCCGUCUGCGGGGAAAACGCACAGGUGGAGCCGCCGACGCACUACGGACACGGCACAGAGAACCGGCCUGGGACACCGGAGAGAGUAUUUAUAAAAACAUACACACACAGAGGAAAAAAAAAAAAACAGGUGGUUGAGCUCGAGAGCAGCCUCGAGAGCAGCAGAGACCCUGUGUUGUGUACCGACAGGCGGCAGGUGGUUGUGGAGGACAUGCAGGUAGAAGCAGGAUAGAGCAGGAUGGUCCAGUGUCCCGUCUGACUUUUCCUUUUACUCCAGCCUGACCACAAGUGACCAUGAAGGACACGGGGGAAUCAAAAGACCACCAACUCACUGUUGCCUUGAGGAUACGACCCCUCAGUGAUGCUGAGCAGGAGGAGGCGGCUACGAUCGUGGCCCACAGAGUGGACGACCAGAUGGUGGUUUUAAUGGACCCCAUGGAGGACCCCGACGACAUCCUGCGUGCCAACCGCUCCAGGGAGAAGACUUACAUGUUUGAUGUGGCGUUCGACUACUCAGCCAGUCAGGAGGAGGUGUACAGAGCUACAACCAAAGGACUGAUUGAGGGCCUCAUAUCAGGCUACAACGCCACUGUAUUUGCCUACGGACCCACAGGUUGUGGGAAGACAUACACCAUGUUGGGGACAGACAAGGAGCCUGGCAUCUAUGUUCGAACUCUAAACGACCUGUUCCGUGCCAUUGAAGAGACCAGCGAUGACAUGCUAUAUAGUGUCUCCAUGUCCUAUCUGGAGAUCUACAAUGAGAUGAUCCGUGACCUGCUGAACCCGUCCUCAGGCUUCUUGGACCUGAGAGAAGACUCUAAAGGAGUGAUUCAGGUGGCUGGAAUCACUGAGGUGUCAACCAUUAAUGCUCAAGAGAUCAUGGAGCUGCUUAUGAAGGGAAACAAGCAACGCACACAGGAGCCAACCGCCGCCAAUCAGACGUCAUCACGCUCCCAUGCUGUGCUGCAGGUAGCUGUCAAGCAGCAGAGUCGGUGUCGAGAUGUUCUGCAGGAGGUCCGCUUUGCACGGCUAUUCAUGAUCGACCUUGCCGGCUCGGAAAGAGCUGCUCAGACUCAGAACAGGGGUCAGCGGUUGAAAGAGGGAGCCCACAUCAACCGCUCUCUCCUAGCUUUGGGAAACUGCAUCAACGCCCUGAGUGACAAAAAUGGCAAUAAAUACGUCAACUAUCGAGACAGCAAGUUGACUCGUCUGCUGAAGGAUUCUUUAGGUGGGAACAGUCGUACUGUCAUGAUUGCCCAUAUUAGUCCCGCCUCCGUGGCGUUUGAAGAAUCUCGUAACACGUUGACAUAUGCUGACCGUGCCAAAAGCAUUAGAACACGGGUAAAGAAGAACCUGAUAAAUGUGUCAUACCACAUUGCUCAGUACACCAACAUCAUCUCAGAUUUACGCUGCGAGAUCCAGCGUCUCAAGAAGAAGAUCGCAGACCAGGCGAGCCGCCAGCUCAACUCCGACAGGGCUGACAUCCGCCAUGUUCAGGCUGAAGUCCAAGCGCAUUCGAGCCAGCAGAGUCGGGCUGAGAUGGACCAGCUGAGGGAGCAGCUCCUGGACGCUUUCCGCCAACAGAUGGAGAUUAGAAAGAGCCUGAUGGAAUUGGAAAACAGCAACAUGGAGAUCCAGAUCGACACCUCCAAACACCUACUCACCAUCGCAGACUGGGAGCAGGAGCGAAGUCGACGCAGGAGGAAAUGGCGCGCAGAAAGAAGGAAGGAAAGUGAAAAUAAGGAUGAAAGUGAGAAGGAUUCUGACUCCUCUGAGUCUCCACCAGACAGUUCGGAGACCCAGGAGGUCGCACUGGCCCGAGAAAACCUCGUCACACUUAUGACUGAACAGAAAAAACUCCACAAACAAAAAACGUUGCUGGAGCGCAGGUUUCUGGAGUUACGGGACCAGGCUCGGCGCUUGGAGGAACUGCUGCCUCGGAGGGUGAGCUCCGAGGAGCAGCGCGAGGUCCUCUGCCUCCUUUGCAAAGUCCAUGAGCUGGAGAUCGAAAACGCAGAAAUGCAGUCGCACGCUCUGCUCAAGGACAAUGUCAUCCGGCAGAAAAACUUUGUGGUGCAGCGCUUCGAGCAGCACCGACACCUAUGUGAUGAGAUCAUACAGAAGCAGAGGCAGUUUAUUAACGACCACAGUCUACUAGUACCUCCACACCUUCAAGAGCUAUAUGAUAUGUAUAUGAGAGAACUGGACGAAAGGAAACUGGACAGAGCCAUGGCCCUGGAUAAAGUGACCACCAGACAUACCAUCAAGGAGGGCUCUUUACCCAAAAUCACCUUGCCCAUUUACUGUCGUGACAACGUGCAGGAUGUGGACUCAGACCAGGAGAGUGUUCGCAACAUGGGCUCGGAUAACAGACGAGUCCAAGCCAAAAUCCGCAGACAUACGUUGCCGCCCAUUCUGCCUGAGCCCGAGCUGGACAAUAACAGGGUGUUUAAAAGCAGCCCCCAUGCCAGGCAGAUGAAAAACACUGCUGUAAUGACCCCACCUCCCAUUCACAUCAACGGAAAGAGCAACAGAGAGCUGCAGCCUUUGGUUCCUGAGAGUUCUCUGAGCUACAGUCAUCUGAGCCACAGCGUCAGCAGCCACCUGGACUCAUCGCCUGAAAGCAGUGAGGCAGGAGCUGAUGUCCCCCUUUCACAAAACGAGAGACAGCAGAUCCUAAAAGGAGUCCAGAACAUCGUAGUGAAGGCGGCCUGCCGACGCUCCAAAGCCUUGGAGGUGGAUGCUUUGCGCUUACCUCCCCCUCCUUCUCCCCUGGACCCCAAGAAGCAAAAGAGCAGCCUUUCGUUGAGUGAGGCGCCCCCUCGUGGUCUGCCAAUGCGUUGCGGCCGGCAGCCGAGCCCCGAGCUCAGACACGCCACGUCAGACGAUAACCUUUCCAGCAGCACGGGGGAGGGGCCUGGGAUACAGGCCACAUGGACACGCCCACGUAACAGACAGGUCACCACCAAGAAUCAAACCCCACGUGAAGUGGACUUUGAGGCUCGCCGAAAGAAGAGGCGCUCACGCUCUUUUGAGGUCACUGGUCAAGCACUGCCUCAAACCAAGACAGCCACAGCUCAGAGGUUUCGUCCUCUUGACAGCACAUCAGACCCCCACCUCCACAUCAAUGGUCAACCCCCACUGCUCCGGCCCCAAUACAGAGGGGUCCCUCCUCUCGCCAAAGUCAGGGCACCCCACAGCAUCCAGCAAUCAGGCUCCAUCGCAGAAUCAUCCUCUCCCCACAUGAACAACCUGAAGCGAGUGCCCCAGCUGCGACAGCCCCAACCCCUCCUGUACAUCACCACCACAGGCACAGGGAGUCAGCGCACACGCAGACACUGAGCAGAGGACUCAGACCACCCAACACCAGCACUAAAACCUAAGCCAGCUGAGCCUGUAAGAGAACCACAAAGCCCAGUCGAAUGAACACUUCACCCCUGUGGGUCAGACUGGGGGGGCAGUGCAGCAAACUGAACCCCACAAGGAUGAGACCCACCAGACUCCAGACGUCAGAGAUGUUGAGUACUAGACGUACAGUGGAUCUUCUGUCCUGUCAAAUGUUUCCACAGUAGCUUGGUGUCGUGCUGAAUUACUUGUGUAACUGUCGAGUAGAAAAUCAUCAAUCCCGUCACAAAGGCAACACUUUACUAAUAGUUAUGCAUCAUCAUUAAAUUUGGUUUAAUAAAGUCAGUGCUUCUCAUUCAGGGAGGAACCCCACGUCAGAAAUGUAACUAAGCAUCAGGAAGUAGCGAAUGUAUUUCACAGUCAAAAUGUUUAAAGCAUCAGUCAUUGUUUCUGUAGUGGCAUUGUUUCUGUUUUAAAAUAACACCUUGACAUUUGAUUUAAGAAAACACAACUUCAUCAUUUCACUUCUUGUGCCCUUCUUGGACAAUGUUAUAUCCACAAAUUCCCCUGGGUCUAUGCCUUUUUUUUUUUUUUUUUUUUUUUUACCCGAACUUGUCAUAUUGUUGUGUAGAUGUGUUCAUUUCCAGAACUGGAAAAAUAUAGUACAAGAUGCUUUUCCAAAUUGGUUUGCUAUAUUUUUAAUGAAUUAUUUAACUGUUGCCUUUUCUUUUAUGUUACCAAAUUGUUGUCAUUGACAUAUUGUUUUCAUAAUUACUACUUUCUAUGCUUUAUUUUGUACAUUUUUUUUUAUUUGUACCCAGACGAAUUCAAAUUAAAUAAGCAAAA